AUGAUUCAAGAGAUCGUAAUUCCUAUUGUAACCUUAGGCGAUGAUCCAAAAGACAUGGACAAUAUGUCUGGGAAGCUUUCUGUGUUGACCGAACGCUCCGAGGAGAAUCUUACAGAAUACCAAAGAACCAUUCAAAGUCUACGUCAACAGCACGCUUUGCUUCAAGAAAUCGAAGAAGAAAAACGACGACUGAAGGAAGUUGAAAAAAAGAAUGGCACUGUUGAAGAGGUCAAUGAAGAAGAUCCUGAUGACGAACAUCAGAAAAGAGAUAGCCAUGAUGCUGAUGACACAGCAAAAUAA